UCCCGCGCAUUUUAUUGUCAUUCUGUUGAAGUGGCGCAUCGUUUUCCUUUCUUUGUUAUUUUACAUUUAACAAGUGGUCGCUUACAUAUAAUCAGUUUUUCUACUUCAUUUAAGGUAAAAUAAUUUGUCCAAAAUGGUUGGGAAGUCAAACAAGCUUUACGUCCACAAAAGAGGGGGUCGAAUGGAGGAAGUACAUAUUGAUAAAAUUACAUCUCGGAUCAAAAAGCUCUGUUAUGGACUGAACAUGGACUUUAUAGAUCCUGUGAGUAUAACUCUGAAAGUUAUAAGUGGUAUAUACUCUGGUGUUACUACUGUGGAGCUGGACAACUUGGCUGCGGAGACCGCAGCUACCAUGACUACUGAUCAUCCAGACUAUGCAGUACUAGCAGCUAGGAUAGCUGUCUCCAACCUGCAUAAGGAAACUAGAAAACAUUUCUCUGAUGUUAUGACAGAUCUGUAUAAUAUAGUCAAUCCUCACACAAAGAAGAGAUCUCCAAUGAUAUCUGAUUUCCAUUAUGACGUCAUCAUGAAGAACAAAGAGAGACUGGAUUCAGCUAUUGUUUAUGACAGGGAUUUUAAGUACAAUUAUUUUGGAUUCAAAACCCUUGAAAGAUCCUACUUGCUGAAAAUAAAUAAUAAGGUUGCUGAACGCCCUCAGCACAUGCUAAUGCGUGUUGCAAUUGGGAUACAUGGUGAGGACAUUGAUGCAGCUAUUGAGACAUACAACUUGCUGUCUGAGAAGUAUUUUACUCAUGCAAGUCCAACUUUGUUCUCUGCUGCCACACCCCGUCCACAGUUGUCAUCUUGCUUCCUUAUUGCUAUGAAGGAUGAUAGCAUUGAGGGAAUUUAUGAUACUCUGAAACAAUGUGCUUUAAUUUCCAAGUCUGCUGGUGGUAUUGGUGUUCAUGUCCAUUGUAUAAGAGCUAAAGGCACUUAUAUUGCUGGGACCAAUGGUGUUUCAAAUGGCUUAGUACCAAUGUUGAGAGUCUACAACAACACAGCCAGGUAUGUUGAUCAAGGAGGCAACAAACGUCCAGGAGCUUUUGCAGUAUAUCUUGAACCCUGGCAUGCAGAUAUAUUUGAAUUUUUGGACUUGAAGAAAAAUACUGGAAAGGAAGAAGUUCGUGCCAGAGAACUAUUCUAUGCAUUGUGGAUACCAGACUUGUUUAUGAAGAGAGUAGAAAAGAAUGAGAACUGGAGUCUCAUGUGCCCUCAUGACUGUCCAGGACUCGCUGACUGCUGGGGGGAGGAGUUUGAAGCACUUUAUGAAAAAUAUGAGCAAGAAAACAGAUUUCAUAAACAAGUAAGAGCUCAGAUUUUAUGGAAAGCUAUAAUUGAAGCACAGGUAGAAACAGGGACACCAUACAUGCUUUACAAAGACUCAUGUAAUAGAAAGAGCAAUCAACAGAAUUUGGGAACCAUCAAAUGCAGCAAUCUGUGCACAGAAAUUGUUGAAUACACUUCCUCAGAUGAAGUGGCAGUCUGCAACCUGGCCUCUAUUGCACUGAAUAUGUUUGUGAAUGAAGACAAAACAUACAAUUUUACUAAACUUAAGGAUGUUACUAAAACCAUCACAAGAAAUCUAAACAAAAUUAUAGAUGUGAAUUUCUAUCCAGUCCCUGAAGCUAAAAAGUCUAAUAUCAGGCACCGUCCCAUUGGAAUUGGAGUGCAAGGCUUGGCAGACACUUUUGUUUUGAUGCGUAUGCCUUAUGAAAGUGAUGCUGCAAUCAAACUUAACCAGCAAAUAUUUGAAACCAUUUACUAUGGUGCCCUGGAAGCAAGUUGUGAAUUAGCAGAGAAGUGUGGUGUUUAUGAAACAUAUGAAGGGAGCCCUGCAAGUAAAGGAAUACUGCAAUAUGAUAUGUGGAACAAGACACCUACAGACCUGUGGGACUGGGCCGUUCUGAAAGAAAAAAUUGCCAAACAUGGCCUCCGUAACUCCCUUCUAUUGGCACCCAUGCCAACAGCUUCUACUGCUCAGAUUCUUGGCAACAAUGAAUCUUUUGAACCGUUCACUUCAAAUAUCUACCAAAGAAGAGUCUUGUCUGGUGAAUUCCAAGUUGUAAAUCAUCAUCUUUUACGAGAUCUAACAGAAGCUGACUUGUGGAAUGAAGAUAUGAAAAACCUUAUCAUUCACAACAAUGGUUCUAUUCAGAACAUUGAAAGCAUUCCCAAAGAAAUCAAAGACUUGUAUAAAACUGUUUGGGAAAUCUCUGUAAAGACAAGUAUCCAGAUGGCGGCAGACAGAGGCGCAUUUAUUGAUCAAAGUCAAUCAUUCAACAUUCAUGUUGCUGAACCUAAUUACGGAAAACUGACGUCAAUUCAUUUUUACGCUUGGAAAAUGGGUUUAAAAACAGGAAUGUAUUACUUGCGCACCAAACCUGCCGCUAAUGCUAUACAAUUUACUGUUGACAAAUCUAAGGUCAGAGGCAAGGUGUCUAAUGGUAUAUCGAACGGGUCCUCUGACAAAAAUGAUGCCGACAUGGCGGCCAUCACGUGCUCGCUACAAAAUAAAGAUGAAUGUUUAAGCUGCGGAUCAUAAUACUUUUCCUUUGAUAAUUAAUUUUAGUCUUUAAGAAUAAUUAAUGAUCAUGUCUCUUGUAAUAGUAUCAUUUUGAAUGCACAAUUUUUUUUAAACUGAUUUAGAUUAAGAAGUAAGACUGUUUUAUAACUAAUAAAUGCUUAUUAAAAAAUGA